CACGGAAAGAAUUCAAAAGCGAGUCUUCAUGGCGGCAUUCACAGGGGCGCUGACGACGACCCUUCCCACCGCGCCAUUAUUACAUUCAGAUUCGAUAUCAUCAUCAUCAUCACCUUCGUCUGCGUUUUCUAAGGUAUACAAAAUAACCGCUUCUCUUUCUUGCUCUUGUUCCACUUCUAGUACUGCUUCUACUUCUAGUUCCUCUACUGGGCAACCGAAUGGCUGCGAUGAUUGCACAAGGAGCACGAAAAGCACUCAGAAAUUUAGCUAUGGCAGAGCCUCACCCUCAGUCAGAUGGCCCCAUUUGAAGCUCACUGACACUUAUCCCUCACCUCACACCCAAUUCACUCCUCCACUCCCGACCCAUGUUGUGCAAGAUUCCACUGAUUCCGACUCUGAGGGGAAAGAGGAAGAAGACCUGAAUUUGGGUUCUGUGGGUUCUUUGGAUACGAAUGAUGAAACCCAACAAGUGUUGGGGAGGCCCAGCAAGACUAAGGCCAAGAAAAUGACCAAACUGGCUCUCAAAAGAGCCAAAGAUUGGAGAGAAAGAGUGAAACUUUUUACUGAUAGGAUUUUGGGACUGAAACCCGACGAGUUUGUGGCUGAUGUGUUGGAUGAUAGGAAAGUUCAAAUGACCCCAACUGAUUUUUGCUUUGUGGUGAAAUGGGUGGGCCAGUCGAGCUGGCAGCGUGCAUUGGAGGUCUACGAGUGGCUGAAUUUACGCCACUGGUACUCCCCGAAUGCACGGAUGCUUGCCACUAUCUUAGCAGUCCUUGGAAAGGCUAACCAGGAAGCCUUAGCUGUGGAAAUAUUCAUGAGGGCUGAGCCCGGAACUGGCAAUACAGUCCAAGUGUACAAUGCCAUGAUGGGCGUCUAUGCACGAAAUGGCCGGUUUAAUAAGGUCCAAGAAUUGCUCGAUUUAAUGCGUGAGAGAGGGUGCGAACCGGACCUCGUGAGUCUCAAUACUUUGAUAAAUGCUCGCCUGAGGUCAGGAGCCAUGGUACCAAACUUGGCUAUUGACCUUUUAAAUGAGGUGAGAAGAUCAGGUCUUAGGCCAGAUAUAAUAACUUAUAAUACUCUUAUAAGUGGCUGUUCGCGUGAAUCCAAUUUGGAGGAGGCAGUGAAGGUUUACAAUGAUAUGGAAGCACAUAAUUGUCAGCCUGAUCUUUGGACUUACAAUGCCAUGAUUUCCGUAUAUGGGAGAUGUGGAGAAUCAAGCAAAGCUGAGCAGCUCUUUAAGGAAUUGGAGUCGAAAGGGUUUUUCCCAGAUGCAGUGACAUAUAAUUCCUUGUUGUAUGCUUUUGCAAGAGAACUUGAUAUAGAAAAGGUGAGGGAUAUUGGUGAAGAUAUGAUGAAAAUGGGGUUUGGUAAAGAUGAGAUGACCUACAAUACUAUUAUCCACAUGUAUGGCAAGCAGGGCCAGCAUGAUCUAGCGUUUCAGCUUUACAGGGACAUGAAAAUGCUAGGCCGGACUCCUGAUGCUGUUACAUACACUGUAUUGAUUGAUUCGCUUGGAAAAGCAAAUAAGAUAACAGAGGCCGCCAAUGUGAUGUCAGAGAUGUUGGACAGUGGAGUGAAACCCACUCUUCGGACUUAUAGUGCUUUGAUGUGUGCGUAUGCCAAGGCUGGGAAACAGGUGGAGGCUCAAGAGACAUUUGAUUGCAUGGUUAAGUCUGGGAUUAGACCAGAUCAUCUAGCAUACUCAGUUAUGUUGGAUAUCUUUCUGAAGGUCAAUGAGACAAAGAAGGCUAUCACGUUGUAUCAGGAAAUGCUGCAUGACGGUUUCAAGCUAGAUCAUGCCCUCUAUGAGUUUAUGUUGCGGGUGCUUGGAAGAGAAAAUAAAUUGGAAGUCAUUGAAAGAGUGAUCAGAGAUAUGGAAAAAGUUGGUGGUAUGAACCCACAAGUUAUCUCUUCUAUUCUUGUUAAGGGAGAAUGUUUUGACCAUGCUGCUAAAAUGUUGAGAUUAGCCAUCACCAGUGGCUAUGAGUUGGACAGGGAAAGUCUUUUAUCUAUUGUCAGUUCAUAUAGUUCAUGUGGAAGGCACUCAGAAGCAUGUGAAUUGCUUGAAUUUUUGAGAGAACAUGCUCCCGGUUCCAAUCAACUUAUAACUGAAGCAUUGGUUGUCAUACAAUGCAAGGCUCACAGAUUUGAUGCUGCCUUGGUGGAAUAUAGUAAUACCAGAGGGUUCCAUUCUUUUAGCAGAAGUUCAACCAUGUAUGAAAUCCUGAUUCAAGGCUGCGAAGAGAAUGAACUCUUUGGUGAAGCUUCUCAGGUUUAUUCUGACAUGAGAUUAUAUGGCGUUGAACCAUCUGAGCAUCUUUACCAAAUUAUGGUGCUCAUCUAUUGUAAGAUGGGUUUCCCUGAGACAGCCCACCUUUUGAUUGAUCAGGCAGAAAUGAAAGGCAUUUUGUUUGACAAUGUCAACAUAUAUGUUAAUGUUAUUGAAGUCUACGGGAAAUUGAAGCUGUGGCAGAAAGCUGAAAGUUUGGUGGGAAGUCUUAGACAAAGAUGUAAAGCAGUGGAUAGGAAGGUCUGGAAUGCCUUGAUACAAGCUUAUGCUGCAAGUGGUUGCUAUGAGCGAGCUAGAGUGGUCUUUAACACAAUGACGAGAGAUGGUCCUUCCCCAACAAUUGAUUCUGUAAAUGGUCUUUUACAAGCUCUGAUUGCCGAUGGGAGAUUGAAUGAGCUCUAUGUUCUAAUCCAGGAGUUGCAAGAUAUGGGUUUAAAAAUAAGCAAGAGUUCAAUUCUCUUGAUGCUUGAAGCAUUUGCUCGAGAAGGUAACAUAUUUGAGGUAAAGAAGAUAUACCAUGGAAUGAAGGCUGCAGGUUAUUUUCCUAACAUGGAUUGUUUCAGGAUUAUGAUCAAGUUAUUGUGCAGGGGAAAACGAGUAAAGGAUGUUGAAGCAAUGGUUUAUGAGAUGGAAGAGGCAGGGUUCAAGCCUGAUCUUUCAAUAUGGAAUUCCAUGCUUAAGUUAUAUGCAGGAAUUAAGGAUUUCAAAAAGACAGUUAAAGUAUACCAGCGGAUUCAAGAAGCUGUACUUCAACCUGAUGACGAUACUUACAAUACUUUAAUUAUAAUGUACUGCAGAGAUUGUCGACCAGAAGAAGGUUUAUCAUUGAUGCAGGAAAUGAGAAGGCAGGGCCUAGAACCUAAGUUGGACACUUACAAAAGCUUAAUUUCGGCAUUUGGUAAGCAGAAGCUGUUGGAUCAAGCUGAGGAACUUUUUGAAGAGUUAAGGUCAAAUGGAUGUAAACUGGAUCGGUCCUUCUAUCAUACAAUGAUGAAAAUGUUUAGAAAUUCAGGAAACCAUGCCAAAGCUGAAAUGUUGUUCACCAUGAUGAAAGAGGCAGGAAUAGAACCCAACUUUGCCACAAUGCACUUGCUUAUGGUUUCUUAUGGCAGCUCUGGACAGCCUCAGGAAGCUGAAAAGGUGCUUGACAAUUUGAAAGUAACUGGCUUAGAUCUUGAUACGUUACCAUAUAGUUCAGUUAUUGGUGCUUAUCUGAAGAAUGGAGAUUAUAACAUUGGAAUUCAAAAGCUCAAUGAGAUGAAGGAAGUAGGCCUGGAGCCAGAUCAUAGAAUAUGGACUUGCUUUAUACGGGCUGCAAGUUUAUCCCAGCACAAAAGUGAAGCCAUUAUUCUACUAAAUGCACUGCGUGAUGCCGGAUUUGAUCUUCCAAUCAGGCUUGUGACAGAAAAACCUGAGUCACUGAUUUUGGAAGUAGAUCGUUGCCUAGAAAAACUAGAACCCUUGGAAGACAAUGCAGCCUUCAACUUUGUCAAUGCUUUGGAGGACCUUUUGUGGGCAUAUGAACUCCGAGCCACUGCUUCAUGGGUUUUCCAAUUAGCAGUAAAGAGAGGCAUCUAUAACAAUGAUGUGUUCAGGGUAGCUGACAAAGACUGGGCUGCUGAUUUUAGAAAGUUAUCAGCUGGUUCUGCUCUUGUUGGUCUUACAUUAUGGUUGGAUCAGAUGCAGGAUGCAUCAUUGGAGGGUUAUCCAGAGUCUCCAAAAUCAGUCGUGCUGAUAACAGGGACAUCUGAGUACAACAUGGUUUCACUUAACAGUACAUUGAAGGCAUGCCUUUGGGAGAUGGGUUCACCUUUUCUGCCUUGUAAAACACGAAGUGGCCUUCUUGUAGCGAAGGCACACUCCCUCAGGAUGUGGUUAAAGGACUCCCCAUUUUGUUUGGACCUUGAGUUGAAAGAUGCCCCAGCUCUCCCUGAAUCAAACUCAAUACAGCUGAUUGAUGGAUGCUUCCUACGACGCGGUCUUGUUCCUGCAUUUAAGGAAAUAACCGAGAGGCUUGGCCUAGUGAGGCCCAAGAAAUUUGCUAGAUUGGCUUUGCUAUCAGAUGAAAAGAGAGAGAAAGUUAUUCAAUCUGAUAUUGAAGGGAGGAAAGAGAAGUUAGAGAAAAUGAAGGAAAAUGAUAAUCCAAGGAGGGUGAGCAGGAUUAAAAAGCUUAGGAAGAGGAAAUAUGUAAGACAGUCCACAUUGUCAAACACCAAACAGAUUGUAUCAGGACAAAAAGCUUUAAAAUAGAGUUGUGAAAGUAUGGAAAGGCUGCAUAGUUUCUGUACCUUCUUCCACUUCAGCACCUCUUAGUUUAAAUCUUUCUUUUUGAUCUCAUGCCACAUUAACUUUAAAGACCUGAACUUCACUGAUAGCAUGGAGGAGGAUUGUGAUGAUGAAACUCACGAGGGGAAGGAAGAUGAUGAGCAACUGAAUAUACAGGGGAUGAAGAUGUCAGCUGGAAAGUCCGAAGAGCAGCAGCUAAAUGCUUAGCGGCAUUAAUUGUUUCCCGUCCUGAGAUGCUUUCAAAGCUGCUUGUCCAAAAUUAAUUGACAGGUUUGAAGAGAGGGAGGAAAAUGUUAAUGUAAACCAGAAUGAAUGUCAGUGGAUCAUCUCACUUCACGGGAUUAAUUAUUUUGCUGAAGAUGGAUUUUUUAAUACAUUCAUUGAACUGUUGCAGCAAACUGAAAAUGUUACAGAAGGACAGAUUGAGAUAAAUGAACAGAGUCCAAAAUGGUUAUUGAAGCAAGAAGUGCCAAAGAUUGUCAGAUCUAUAAAUAGGCAGCUACGUGAGAAAUCUAUUAAGACAAAGGUUGGCGCGUUUUCUGUUUUUUAAGAACUUGUGGUGGUCUUGCCAGAUUUCCUGGCUGAUCACAUGGGUUCACUCAGUCCAGGAAUUGAAAAGGCGUUAAGUGAGGUAAAUGAAUGUGCUAUAUCUUGCAUGGAUCUAGUUGUGUCAACAUUUGGUGAUAACCUUAAUGUUGAACUUCCAGUAUGCCUUCCUGUACUUGUUGAUCGGAUGGGAAAUGAGAUCACUUGACUUACAGCUGUGAAGAUAUACAUUUGGGACUGUAUUAUUAUGUACAUGUCUUAAGUUUCUAAGACCUUGAGUGUUUUGCAUCCAAGCAUUUGCUGUCAUUGCUGCUUCUCCACUGAAAAUAGCUCAAUCUUGAAUGUUUGAGCAAGUGAUUGCAGAGUUGACUGCAUUCUUAAGGAAGGCUAAUCAGCCUCUAAGACAGGCAACAUUGUGGACCCUGAAUUCCCUAAUUGUUGCUUAUGGAGAUAAAAUUGGCUCAUCUGCUUAUGAAGUUAUUAUUGUAUAACUUGCCACACUGAUAAGUGAUUCAGACUUGCAUAUGACAGCCCUCACCCUGGAACUCUGCUGCACCUUGAUGGCAGACAGGUCAAGCCUAGUUGUUGGAUUGGCUAUUAGAAACAAAGUUCUUCCGCAAGCCCUAAUGUUAAUUAAGAGCUCAUUGCUGCAGGGGCAAGCCCUUUUGGCAUUGCAAAACUUUUUUGCUUCCUUGGUGUAUUCUGCAAACACAAGUUUUGAUACCUUACUAGACUCUCUGCUGCUAUCAAGUGCUAAACCAUCUCCCCAGUCAGGUGGGGUUGCAAAACAAGCUUUGUAUUCAAUAGCUCAAUGUGCGGCUGUCCUUUGCCUAGCUGCUGGCGAUCAACAAUGUUCAUCUAUUGUGAAAGUGCUAACUGAAAUUCUGAAAGAUUACAGCAGUACAAAUUCGGUACGAUGCUAUCAAGCAAGAAGUAGAUCGCAACAAAGAUAUGAUUCACAGCACUCUUAGUCCAAUUGCAUCCUUGCAUCAUAUAAGUGGUGAAGAUUGCAGCCUUAAGUUCAAGAAUAUGAAUGAAAUCUCAAAAUCUUCAAUUCUCUCGGACAAGUAUUAUUCCAUCCGAAAUGAAUGAUGGACUAGUUGGAACUCGUCUGUCUUACUGUCAUGUCAAGGUUUCGCGCAGCCACCGAGGAAGAUUGUAUCAUUAUUUUGUCGUGUGCAGGCUGAGCUUCUCUGUGGCAGAUUACACGGAAGUUGAAAAUGAAGUUUAGAAUUCAAAGCUGCAUGAACACAUCUUUAUCGUGGUAAUGCUAGGUUCAAGUCAUUGCGAUGUUUUUGACUCUGCAACUAUCCAUCAACGAGAUUUUUGUCAUUGAAUUUUUUAUUUUUUAAUUUAAGUCGUCCAUUAUAUACAGUUGACAAAGCUUAUUUUUGAAAUUGUAAGUCUUUUCUUUUCUUUAA